AUGCUAAUUAGAAAGCUGAUGCUGCUUAGUGUAGCAUUCAGAUUAGGGAAGGGAGAGGUGUACAUUCCUCGAGUAGAGUCAUUAAAUACAGCAGUUCUGGGCACUACAUCGAUCAUGAAUCCUAUGAUUCCAAAAGCUGAUCCUUCGACGCCAUUAUCAGCACCGCAGGCUUCAGCCCAGGCAUGUUACAUGUAUCAAGGAAACACUCCACCACCAGAAUGUACGAUCUACUUUCCAGGCGCUAAGCCCACAAUGUCUUUACAGCAUAAUGGCAAUGGAUUCAUACCUAAAGAAUAUGCUAAGGAUCAAUUUAUGCAAGCUUCGCUAAAUGCAAGUAAGAUGAACGUGAACUAUCCGUAUUACUUUUCUAUGUCUAAUACAAAAUCAGCUCCGUAUUUAGAUCCAAAUGACAUGGUGAAUGGCAAUGAAAUCUUUCCUAAGCUUCCAGAUCCGUAUCCAAUGUUACAAGAUAUACAAAAGCUGAUGACUGAUAUUGAAGAAAGAAAAGAUAUUCUGUCUGACAAGCUGUUUGAUGUGGAAGCAAACAUACUUAGAGCAAAGGAGUACUUCAAGGAUAUUAUAUACAAACUUAAAAGACUAGAGGAAACACUGAAGAAUCUUCUUCACAGGAUAGACACGGCAAAGGCUAAGGACACAGUAUACAAUUACAUUAUUAAGUAUGUCAACACUAGCAAGAAGGCAUACGAAAGUAUAAAGAUUUAUUGUAAUCUGAAGAAGUGGAUGCAGGAGAUGAUGCAAAAUAUUCCUGUAAUCUCUGAUAAGCCUCAAAAAUAA